UGAACUAAUCGACGAUACUUUAAGGUUAUGAGAGCAAAUUUAAUAUUUGUGUUUUGAAAACAAAGUGUUUUUUUUUGUUUUUCCUUCGCAUUUUUGUUUCUCGAAAUAUGUGUUUUUGAAUUAUAUUCAGUGUUAUCAAUUUAUUUACACAAAUAAACAAUUGAAGUUAUAUAUUGUCAGUGUUAACGGAUAACGAUUUGAAAAAUUCAAUUCCUAACCUCUUAUUGUUUUUCUUACAUAAUAAUUAUAUUGUUUAUGCAAAAUUUCUCCUUUUUUACUGUGACAAGUGAAUGAAAUGUUAAAAAAGUGUAAAUAGUGGUGUGACAAUUAACAAAGAAAAAAUUGUUUAUUCUUUUUUUUUUUGCAUAAUUUGUGAAUUUUUAAAAUCAAGUUUCUUAAACCGUUUCAAGUGUCAAUAAUGAUGAAAGUAUCAUCUCUUGAGGAUUUUGAAAAUCCUCUUUUCGAUAAUAGAACAACAGCAAGUCUUAUUGAUAAUAAAUUAAUUUAUUGUAAUAGAGAAAAUCUUCAUGAAGAAACACAACCUUUCGCUGCUUAUUUACGGGAUUUUCCUGUCAUUUUAAUUACACACGAUAUGUUAGCAACUCGUGAAUCGGUUCGCACUAUUGGUGCUGGCGAUUUAUUUCUACCUGUUCAGGAUAGUGUUUUUAAAAAAAUUGCCAGUGUUUGGCGUGAAAAGGGAAUUAUUGAAGCAAUUCGCGCUACAUCCGCUGAAAAUCCAGAAAGAAUUACGCCUGCAAUUUUUUGGAUUGCCUCACAAUUAACGAGAGUUUUAGAUUUAGUAGAAAAGGGAACUUUUCAAAGUGAAGGACUUCCUAUCUCUGGAUCAGGUUCAAUUGCUGACAUUGCUAAUACACGAGAUUGGAUAACAGCUCUUAUUCGUUGUAUUUCGUGGCAUCCUCAUUGGACACGUUUGGCGGUGGCAACGAGGGACGAUAGAAUUCGCAUUUUUUCAAAAGACAUUUCGGGUGUUGCUAUUUUAAAGCACAAUGCACAAAAAACUGUUUGCUGUAUGAAUUGGAGGCCAAAUUGUGGACGUGAAUUGGCAGUUGCUUGUCAAUCGGGAAUUUUAAUAUGGACAAUAGAAUUGGGAGCAGCUAGUAAUUCACUUAGUCACGCUACUUUGUUAAAAUAUAAAAAUCAUGCACCCGUUACAAGUGUCACAUGGAAUCCUGAGGGUGAUCUUUUGGUUUCUUCAUCAUUGACAGAUUCGAAUAUGAUAAUUUGGGAUGUUUCGAGGGAAAGUGGAAUUCCUUUAAAAAGAGUUGGCAGUGGAGGUUUAUGUUUUACUCGAUGGUCGUCUUGUGGAUCGAGAUUAUUUUCUGCAACUUGCCGAAAAGUUUUUAGGGUUUGGAAUAUUGGCACUGGUACUCCUUGGGUUCCGGAAAAAUGGACAGUUUCAAGUGGGCGAGUUGCAGCCGCAUGUUUUGGACCAAAUUUGACACUUUUGUUCGCAUCAACGGAAGAUCCAGCGACUGUAUUUUCAAUGCCAUUGGAAGAUCAUAUUUUUGAUGUUAAAACUAUGGGCAAUUUUAAUGAUUCAAAAGUUGCAGUUCCUCUCAUUGAUCUCAGUAAAUUUACAUUCACAAAUCCGGAUAAUGACGAAGAGGAGGUGACAAUUGGUGGACGAGUAAUUUCCAUGGAUUGGGAUCCAUCUGGCAGAUAUUUGGCUAUUAUAUUUCAAGAGAGUCCACUGGUGGCUGUGUUUACAACAAAAAUAGGAGCAACUUCACGAAUAACGAACGUAAAAGCUGGAUGUUUAAUUAAAGGUUUUGCAUUGGAAGUGCCCAAUUGCAUUCAAUUUUAUCAGAAUCAUAAAAAAGAUUCAGAAGCCGUUUGUUUGACAAUUGCUUGGAGUAGCGGACGCAUACAACAUUUUCCUAUUGUCUCACACGUUGAAACACAAACAGAUGUUUGCAGAAAUACAACUGCUUUUUCUAGUUCUGUUAUAGGCAGUCCACUUUAUAGUUCAUUUUCUUCUUACGAAUAAAAUUAACUAUAUUAAUUUUAAUUAAAUAAUAAUAUAAUCGUUAUUUCUACUUUUCUACAUCAAAUUUUGUAUAUAAAAAAAUAAAAUUCUAAUAAGAAGA